AUGGAGGGGUGGGGUGAGACUGGAGCGGGUGGGUGCCCUGAUGGGCUUGUGGGGAGGGGGCGAGCUGCUACUCCCGGGGCACCUCCUAGUGCUGCUGCUGGAGGCGGUGGCUGUGGACUGCAGGCAGCGCCCUGUGCAUCACUCUCCCAGCAUCGCCCGCCAGGCCCCUUGCGCAAUGGCUCCCCUCCUUUCCGCCGCGGCGAGCGAGGCACUUGGCAGGACGGAUUAGGCUUCGCUCCGGCUCGCCCCCUGCCCCCUCACUGCACUGCCUUGGGGAGGGCUCAGCUCAGGGCUUCUGACAUUCCAGCGGGGCCCCCCCACCCGGCGACCAUCCCUCGCUGCCUGAUCCUUCGAGAGGAGGAAGCACGACAGCCCCUCGAGUUUGGCGUCGAGGCUGAGCAGCCAAACAAAACCCGGCCACCUAUCAGUUCCUUGAAUCUUGCUCUUGUUCUUCAGACCCCCCUGAAUCCCUCCGAGAACUCAGCCCAGCAGCAGCGAGACAGAGAGCGAGCGAGAGAGAGACCACCCCCUUUCCAGCUGGCCCCUGUCCACUCGUCAUCUGGACAGGAGGCGCUGCAGCACCAGAUCGCUCUAGCUGCCCUCCCUAACACACGCAAUUACACCAUUCAUCAACCUCACUUAGACAUUUCAAUCCCCACAGCCACACGCCAGUGUGCCAGACUCCAAAGGCUGCAAGAAGAAUUCCUGGGACCGGAUCCUGCUCCCAUUGAAGUCAAUAGCAAAACUCCCAUUGAUUUAAAGAUCCGCAUGAUUGAAGCUGAGAACUGGCUCUUCUGAUGAAAUGACGUGAAAAUAGUUGCAUCAAGGAAGAAGAUAGAAACUAUAGAGGAAACUGAUCAUUGGAUGCAAGAGCAAAACCACAAGGAAUUCAGUGGCACUGCAUAAUAAUCUUGAUUUUGGUAUUUUGUAUAGGUGGACAGAAUAAAAUCAAGUUACAGAUGUUGAAUCAAAUAAAAAUAAGAUGAAAAAUAGUAUUUGAUGUUAUUAGGACCAUCUUUUGUACUCUUUACAUGAGAACAUUCUUUAA